UGUCAUCCAAUCGGGGGGUCACGUUGUGUCUUGGAGUGUGAUCCCAAGACUUCUCGUUUUCGGAGAUUGUUUAUUUGUUAUGGUGCAUGCAUUGAGGGCUUUUGGUGGUGCAGACCUUUGUUGUUCAUAGAUGUGACUGGUCUAGAAAGUAAGCAUAAGGGGCAACUAAUUGGUGCCACGGGAAAGAAUGGAAACCAAGGAUCUUUUCCCUUUGCUUUUGCUAUCGUGGACUCGGAAAAUGAGGUAAAUUGGAUCUGGUUCUUUGAAAACUUACCUAAAGUUUUGACUCCUCAAGGUAGGACGAUUACAUUUAUAUCUGAUCAUAACAAAGGUCUCACUGAAGCUGUUUCAGACAUGUUUCCAACAUCCCAUCGUGCAUUUUGCUUGCAGCAUUUCAAACAGAACCUUUUAUCUAAAUAUCCUUCUACGUAUGGCAAAUUUUUCCGGGAUCACAUUGUUGAUCUUUUUUUGAAAUGCGCUUAUGCUCACACUAAAGCUGCUUUUGAGGUUAAUAUGAGAAAUUUAAAACAUGAGGGUGGUGCUCCUGUUAUGACUUUUUUAGAAGAUCUUCCUAAGGAGAGUUGGUCAUAUGCCUAUUUUAAGGGUAGUCGAUAUGGUGAAAUGUGCAACAAUGCUUCUGAAUCAUUUAAUUCUUGGAUUUUUGAGCUACGUGCUUUGCCAAUCUGUCAAAUGGUUGAUGGCAUCAGGAGUAAACUCAUGAAAAUGAUGGCUGAAUGGAGUCGUAAAGCAGAGCAGUGGUGUUCUGUUCUAUGUCCUGUGAUGGAGAGAACCUUGAACGAAAGGUUGAUGGUUGGUAGGAAUUGGAAUGUUAGUCGUUGUAGUGCUUCUGUCUAUGAUGUGCAUGCUGAAAUCUGUGUUAAAGUUGAUUUGGCUAAUCGUUUGUGCUCCUGUCAUGAGUGGCAAAUAAAAGGCUUUACUUGUGUUCAUGCACUUGUUGCUAUUCAAAAAGAUUCUGGUUGCAUUCAUGAGUAUACUGAUGACCACUUCAAGUCAAGGUACUUUAGAUGUUCAUAUGCGUUUAGUAUUUCUCCCAUACCUGACAUUAAGAAUGUGAUGCAUUAAGGUUCAGAAGAUGUUAUCAUGCCUCCUCUUACUAAGAAGAGACGCGGUAGACCAACGACUAAAAUGCCAAAAUCUGUUGGUGCAGUUUAAAAGGUUGGUAAAUGCGGGCGGUGCGGUUGGAGCGUGUAAUAAGAAGUGUACAGGAAAUAUUUUAUCGUCUUGCAGAUUUUGGUUGUAGUGUACAACAAUUAUAUAAGUUUUUUUUUUUUUUUUGGGUAUCAUUUUUAUAUUUUUGUUCAUUUUUGCAUGAUUUUUUUAUUGAGGAAACUGUCACGGGAUUACUUUCUUUACAAGCUGUCAAUGAAGUAACAAGGUAACGUAACACUACAACUGAA